UUUAAAAAGUUAAAAGCUGUAAAACUAUCCAGUUGCAUGUCCUUAAACUUUAAAUGAAAAUCCACUCAACGUCCUAAUUUUGAAAUUUCAUCAUUCAAAACUUCUAUCCUCAGGGACAUCUUGAAAAUAAAAUAUUACAAAAACAGAUUGAAAUUGUUGUUUGUAUGAUGAGGAAGAAAACAAGCAGGAAGAAGAAAGCUAUCAAACUUCUGUAAAGUGAACUGCCGGGUUGUCAGCGCAAAAUUUUACCUAAAAUUAUGGAAGUAAUAUUCCUGAACCUGAACGUUGAUUAUAAUUAGGCUGUACCAAGAAUUUUCUUCAGAAUGGUCGAUAAAGAUUCCCCUGUGUCAGGAGACAAGAAUGGUGGGGAUUCUACUGGAUACAGUUUCACUGAACAAGAUCGUGAAGUUGCUCAACUAGCUCUCUCAGAAUUUAACAAGGGCAAUUAUACAUCGUGUCUUCAGAGUCUCCUAAAGUUGGAGGCAUCUUGUGGACAUGAUGUGAAACUGGUCCACAAUAAAGCUAUUGCGGAAUAUUACAAGAGCGAAUUAAGAAAAACUGAUCAGUUCCGCAAGGUUGUUAACUCCCUCUGUGCUCAGGCACAUGUUAAUUUAGAAGAUGCGAGCACUUUAGAAGACGUUGACAACUGCAUUUUUUAUUACAAUCAAGCUAUUAUUUUAUUUCAUCUGAAACAAUAUGCAAGUGCAUUCCAACUUAUUAGUAAAGUCUUUUCUUUCAUUGAGCCUAUGGAAGAAACUCUGGCUCAAAAAGUCAGUAUGCUGUUAUUAGAACUGUUAUUGCAAACACAUCAGCCUGAGAAGGCCAUACCCCAAUUAGGUUAUAUUGAGCAACAAUUUGCUUGUGCUCCUAACAUUGGAAUGGGUAAACUUUCUGCUGAAAAGGACAUUAAGAGCUCAGAAAAGGGCGACAAAGAAAAACAUCUGAUUGAACUUGUGGAUGGAGAAUCAGACCCUAUGAAGCUAAGGCUUCUGCAUUAUAAAAUCCGUUGUUUAUUGAAAACACAUCAAUUAAAUGCUGCCAAAAGAGAAUUAAACAGCAUAUCUGUAAAAAAUAAUUUGCCCACAAUAUUUUUAAGAGCUAAUUUAGAAUAUCUUAGAGGGAAUCACCGCAGAGCUAUGAGAGUGCUAAAUACUCUUUCUGGAAAUAUCCAGUCUUUCAAAGAGAUUGGAGAACACAUUCCUGCUCUGUACUAUAAUAAUAUGGGCUGUGUGCAUCACUAUAUUGCAAAACCAAACUUGAGCACAUUUUAUCUUAAGAAAGCUUUGUCAGAGGAAGAAGAUGCAAAGAGGUCCUUGAUGACUGAAACUGAAGGAUCUAAUGGGCAACCAUUAUUUACAUUGGGUUUCAAUCAUAAUCUGGAAAUUAAAUAUAACCUCGGAGUUGCUCUUCUGCACACUGGGCUACCAGCACAAGCCUUUGACUAUCUUGUUGAUGUAGUGCGAGUGUUUCAUAUGAACCCUCGCCUGUGGUUGCGCCUUGCUGAGUGCUGCAUCAUGGUACAUAAGAAGGCAAAUGAUGAGGACUUUAAUAUUGCACACCGAAGGCAAGAUAUGGUUCAAGGAGUUGUUGGAAGUAACAUUCAUAAGAAAAUCAUUCUUUCCCCUCAGCUUGCACGUGAAACACUUCCCAAGGGAGAGGAAGUUUCUAGUGCAAUCCCUUCAACAAGACUCGAGUUUGCCUCACUAUGCUUACGAAAUGCUCUUUCACUCCUAAAUGAAUUCAGUGCCAGUGUGAAGAAUGGAAAUAAUGAGCAUCCAUCAGUUGUGUCUCUCAAGCUCAUUGGUGGUCACUUAUCGGGUCCGCCAGGAGUCCUGAAUAUACCAGGUCUUGGCUCUCUCGGUGGGCCUGGAUCAAACCUAGGAUUUGGAUCUGGAGGUGCUGCUAAAAUCCCUGUACAGAGAACAUGUUAUGGUGCUCCAUCUUCACCCUUAUCUGAGGCAGAAGUAGAAAGUCUCCGAUGCUCUGUACUCACUAAUAGUGCCUAUGUUUCACUAUGUCUCGGAGACUAUAUAAUGGCCUUGAAAUAUGCACAAGAAUUGUUGAGACAGCCAAAGUUGUCUGGUGCACACAAACUGUUGGGCCACUUGUAUGCUGCGGAGGCAUUUUUAAUGUGCAAUAAAAUAUCGGAUGCCAUCGAACAUCUGAAUCCUGACAAUAUCAAAGAUGUUAGUCUAGUGUAUCCAGGGGAAACAGAAAUUGAAAAAGAGCUAGCGAGUGACCCAAACAAAGAUACUGAUGGACCAUGUGAAGCAAAACGUAUGAUGCAGAGCUGGUGUCCAGAUAAAAUUGGCACUGCACGAGCUGUCCUUCAAUAUAAUCUAGCUGUAGCAUUUGCUACUAGAGGAGAACUUGACAAGGCUGGUGAAACUUUGAAACGAGUAUUUAAUGCCAGAGGCCCAGAUUGUGAAGUACCAACACAUGUGGUUAUGCUUGCUCUAUAUUUGGAGCUUCAGUUAGGUCAUUCUGAAGUAUCCCGCAAUAUUGUUCGACAACAUUGUCCUCAGUACAAGUAGCAAGUUCUGGUUCAUGCUAUUGCAAGUAGCAGCAUUAUUUAACAGAAAUGAAUUUGAACAAUGAUUUGGUAUGAACUUGUCAAGAUUUCAAAAAUUGAUUUCUUCAAAUUUGUAUCAUUUGUACCAGUUUCUUAGAUCCUUUUGAAAUUUAUUACUCUGAAUCAAUGGCAUUGUGAGGUUCAUUGUCAAACAGUGUGUCCUCAUCCUUUUUAUGCUGUUGUUGUAUGCUGAAGUUGGGGCAGUUGAGCCACUAGACAUUCUUCUGGUGUCUACUGGUUUCCCUUCGACCUGAAAUGGUACAUCUGCAAAUUGAGCCUAAUCAUUCUUUAUGUAUGUGCCAUUGCGUCACUGUGGCUUAUUUUUGGUUUGGUUUUACCUUCAAUCUUCCAGAAAUUCAGCAAAAUGAGUAAACUGUAACUCAGUUGUCUUGACUUCUAUUAUAGCUUUAAAGAAGCAUUUUAAUCAUAUUCUCAUCAUGUUUAAAAGGUUGUAAUGCUUAGUGUUCUGUUGUGUUAUUUUAAUUUUUGCAGACCUGGCAUGAAGUUAUGCUUGAAUUCAAAAAAUUUCAAAUUUCCAAACUUGAUAUGUAAUUUAUUCUCCAAUCAGCUUAUGAUAGUUACCAGCCCGCCAUCAUACGUUCCUAGUAAUUCUCUCUAAACCAUUGUUACUUUUGUGAUGUACAACAUCAACAAAGUGUUUACACAAUCAAUUUUACAAUAUCAAUUUUUGUAGAUUGAGUUUUUCUUUUCUAUCAUUCAACAUAUCUUAGUGCUUGAUUACUUUUUGAAGAAUUUUCAGCAAUUGUGUCUUAUUCUGUAUUGCCAAUCACAUUUUUUGUACACCCGUUUAUUUUUCUGUGGGCUAAACGACAACUGUCUAAACUUAUUAUUCACUGAAUAUUAUUUGUUUGUUUUUCUUUGUUUAUUUUGUUCUUUAGUAAAAUUUGAAGAUAUGUUGAUAACUUAAAAAGUACCAAUGUGCACCAAUGUGUACAGCGGUAUGUAACAAAUUGACUUGGUUGCAAUUUUACAGGUUUAGGAUUCCAUUUAAUCUUGGAAAUUUAAUGACUAAGAUCAAAGUUAUUUAUGUGAAAUGAAUUUUGAAAAAAAAAGAAGGAAUUAGUGCAGAAUUGUAAAUUUAUGUUCUUUGUUCCAGAACUGAGACAUAUUUUUAAAAUGUUAUUUAAUCUGCAUGGAUUUAAUGUGUCAAAAUUUAUAGUCAAUGUAGCUGUGGUCCAUUCAAGGUCCUUGGGUUGAUGUCAUAGUUUUAUGCUGUGUGUAUGAUCCCUGCAGAGUCAAAUCUUGGUUGGACCACAGCAUGCCUAGAAAGUAACAAAAUUAAAUUUUUGUUGUAAAUUUGGAGAGCUUCCCUAAGAGUACAUUCUAUUUACUCUUGUGUUUGAACAUGUGCACUUCAUUGUGCCGAUUUCAAUCCAAUUUAAUAGAACUGUUAUAAUUCAUUAAAAGAUGGUUGUUGUUGUUUUUUGUUUGGGUUUCAUCAUCAAAACGUGAUAUUAGUAGUAUGUUUGUAUAGAUCUGCAACCACAAGAGAAAAAAAAAGUUACCGACAAAAAUAGCUAGCUAAAUUAUAAAUUAGCUUUAUUAACCAUCAACUAUAGUUUUGCCUUGCCUUUACUAAGAAAAGACUGAAAAAUCAGACACCUGUAAAUUCUUCCCAAUCUCUACUGAGCAAACCUUGUCUUGAUCUAAUUACAUGAUCAACUGUGUCCCAGUUUUCACAACAAAAAAAUAUAACGACCAUCCCAAAAUAAA